ACACAAAAAGGAACCAUACUGAUUCUUGAACCUGAUUAAAUAAAAAAUUAGGUCUGAAUUGAAAAUUUGCUAAAUUACAAAUUGAAUUGUGAUUACAUUCGCGUAUGUAUUUGAGUUAUUGUUGUACUUAAAUUGUUACAUGCUAUUAUUGAAGUUCUUGAUGCGCAAAUUUUCAAACAAUGUAUUAGAAUUAUAUCGCGUCUGUGAAUCACCUGUUGUUAAAAAUUCCGAUUAGGUGUAUUUAAAAAAUUUGGCGAAUUGAUUGUCGGUACUCGUAGUGAUAUGGUUUUGUGUUAGAUAUAUCUUAAUCCAUUCGAUAAAUCGCAUUGUACUCGAGUGUUUGAAUUGGUCGCUCGAGUGGUGUAAGAUGGAAGCCGUACCUAGGCUUCCUAUGCUCUGUUUUGAGCUUAAAUCUAAUCCACAAAAGCAUGCUGAAUUUGGGCCCGAUUUGAUGAACUUGAUACGGUUUCAUUAUCAAGAAGAUCCUAGCAAUUACACCAAUGAAAUCCAAUCAUUGGAGAAACUUCGACAACAAGCUAUGAAUCCGACCAAAGACGUUGAUGGAUGUGCCAUACUGAAACGUUAUUUUUGUCAAUUACAUUUCUUACAAAAAAGAUUUUCAACGUUGCAGUAUGGUCCGACUGGUAAUGACGCUUCGUGGAAACCAUUGAUACCGUUCAUGUCUAGGAAAACUGUUGAUUUUCGCUUAGAAUAUAUCAUCACUAUGUAUAAUGUGGGAGCACUUCAUACUCAACUCGGAGCUGCCGAUGAUAGAACUACGAAUGAAGGCUUGAAAUUUGCUUGCACUCAUUUUCAGUGCGCCGCUUGGGCUUUCAAGCAUUUGGAAACUAUAAAUUCGAUGAAAUCUAGAGCUGAUUUCGAUCCUGGUUUCUUUCAAUUUUUGAUUCCUCUCUGUUUAGCUCAAGCUCAAGAAUGCAUUGCUGAGAAAAGUAUCACUGAUAACAGGAAACCUAGUAUAAGUGCCAAAGUUGCUGCCCAAAUUUGCGAAUAUUAUGGACAAGCUUUAAACGCGUUGACUCACGGAAAACAAGAAGAAUUGCCCAUUUUUGACGUGAAUAUUAAAAAUUCCCAUGUUUGGAUUAAUUACGUGAAAUACAAAAAAGCUUAUUACGAGUGCGUAUCUUAUUUAUUUAUGGGUAUGCAAGCAGAAGAAGAUGAAAAAUGGGGUGAACGAGUUGCAUAUUUCGAAGCAUCCGCAGAGAAAUUGAAAGUUGCUGUGCAACAUGCAAAAUGUGUCGAGCUCCCACAACUAUACAAGGGACUAGACGAAGCGAUGAGUUUCACUGGAGAUGUUGUAGAAGGUAAACGAAAAAAUGCUGUGAGUGAAAAUGAUUUCAUCUAUCAUCAAGAAGUGCCACUGAUAGAUAACUUGCCAAAAAUUAAAGGCGCCGUGUUGGUAAAAUGUAUAGAAUUCGAUUUCAGUGAUCCUGAAAUCUCAGGACCAGAUAUUUUUGCGAGAUUGAUUUCUUUAGAAGUUCAUCAGCUAUCCUCGGUUUAUAGCGAAGAAAAAGCUAAACUUUUGAGAAGUGUGAGCUCAGCUGUUGAGGAAAAAGAUGUAGAAUUGGUUUCUUUCAUGCAGUCUCUCAAAUUGGAUUUCUUGCAUCCUCAUGAAGAUUUGAACAGUUUACCGGAGGAAUUGGUUGAAAGAUGCGCUGCAUGCGAAGCAAAACCGACUCUAAUCCAAGACUUGAACGAAGCGAUGGAUAAAUUGACACAAGAUCAGUAUCAAGUUGAUUCGUUAAUGAAAGAUGUUAUAAAAUUAAUUGCUGAUGAAGAAAAGGCUGACGCAGAUUAUCAUCGUAUAAUGGGAACCGCUCCUCAACCUUCGAUUGUCGUGACUGAGCUAAAAUGCGAAGCCAAUAGAUAUGCAGAAGCAUUGAAAAAAGCGACGGAUUCGAACGAGUCUUUAAGAAAUGCUAUUUCGGCUCAUGUUAACAACUUACAUAUUCUUACUUUGCCUCUAGAAGAAUUGGAACAGCAUUUACCGCGAGUACUUACUGAACUAGCUCCCGAAGAGGAAGCUAUCGUCAGAGAAUUACGUCGACUGGUUGACAAAGUUGAAGAAAUGAAAAAUCAAAGAGCGCAAUUGAUGAUGAAAUUCAGGGAAUCUUUGAAAGAUGACGACAUCACUCAAAAACUCGUUUUAAAAAAUGAUAAAUUUACUAAAAUGGUCGGUCAAGAAAUAUCCAAACAUCGAAGUGUGAAAAACGUGAUCGAACAGAAUUUGACCGCUCAAACUAACAUAUUAAACGCUCUAACAAAUGCAUACGCUGCUUACGCUCCGAUUCGUAAAGCGACCUAUGAAAUUAUGCAACAGAGAAGUGCGCAAAUUAACGCUCUUAUCGAGAGUUUUGACGUAUCUGACGAUGUGCUUAAGAAAGCAUCGAAAGGUUUAGAAUUUUACAGCAAACUCGAAGGUAACGUUAGAAAAUUACUGAGUCGUCUUAAAGGUACGUGUAAAGUACAAGAGGAUAAUCGUAUGCAAAUGUACGAUAAAACGAAGAAACCUGUGCGUACUCCUUCGUUGUCGGAUGCACCUUCGAGUACACCUAAACUAAAAGAUUACAUCGGUUAUAAUAAACAAUACGUGAAGCAAGAUAGUAACGAAAUGCCUUUACCUUAUAAUCCAUAUUACGGUUUAUCCGCCGGAUCUGCCACCAUUCCAAGAAGUGAUGUCGCUGCGAACGUGUAUCCUUCUGCUGCGCCUAAUAUGAACGUCGCCGCGUCGAAUCAGUAUUACGCUACUAUUACAAGACCGCCUCCUGUUGGCUCUGAGGCAUCCGCUUUGAAUAAAACUACGACCGAACCUCCGACUGAUACGAAAAAUCAAAUCGCUUCUUCUCUACCGACGACUAAUUACGGUUCAACGUAUCCUUCUUCUUACGCAGGAUAUUCGUACAGUCAACCUGCGACUUCUUAUCAACCGCAAACAACUUUCGCUUCAGUAAAUCAGCCUUCUACUGCGUCUACGUAUUCUCAAAACACUUCGAAUACCGCCGCGUAUCAGCCAUCUGUAAACUAUGGUGCUGGUAAUGUUGCUCAGUCGUACGGCGGCGCUGCACAAUACAACGUCACGGCGACAUAUCAACCGACUAACUAUCCGAAUCAGUGGUAUCAGACGAAUGCAGCGUCAAAUUACCAGCAACCUUAUACGACGGGCGCGGUUCCUCAAAAUACAACUAAUACUCCGCAAUCAUCGACGCAACAGCCAGCACCAGUUGUACCAGCUCAACAGAAUACCGCGUUGCCUGCGAACAAUACCCAGCCUCAAUGGUACGGUAAUUACAGCAACGCUACGCCAGCUAAUUCGGCGACGAACAACUUGCCAGCUUCAAACGCCGCAGCUAUCGUUAAUUACGGUUCAAGUGCGGUCAAUCAAACACCUUACGUUGCUGGUGCGCGUGAUAAUUAUAAUAUGACUUCGGCUUAUGCGAAUGCUGCUACACUUGCAUAUAACACUGGCACCCAAAACACAUAUAAUCCUUCGUCUUACGCUUAUCCAAACGUGAAUUACGAUUCGUACGCUCAGUCGCUCAAUAAUACCGUUCAAAAUACCCAAAAUCAUUACAACAACUAUUCGAUACAGAGUACGCCAAAUUCUGCCGAUACCCAAAACAAGCCCGAUUUUAAUUACGUAAGCGUUGAUGCGUCCACGUACAACACGUCGCAUUACUAUACCAGCGCUGGACAGAAUUGCACCACGAAUAUAGAAUCAACUUCGAAAACUUUAGACGGUAGGAGUUACGUGGUGCAGUAUAAUACCGCUUCACACGAUAACGUCGAUACUGCCAAUGGUGCCAUUGUCAACGACCAAAAUGGACUGCAAUAUUAUAACAACCAAUACGGAUACCAAUAUAAUGAUCCUAAACUAUGCCAAGAUACCACCCAAAAAUUUGUUCCAAAAAUUGACGACGAAGGUCAACGUUUACAAGCCAAUCGAAAUUCAAUGACUUACAUGCAAGCGUCGUCGAAUAAAGGUGGCGGUGUGUCAACAUAUAGCGUUAAUGGUAGCGCAUCUUCGUCUGAAAAGAAACCCGAAUCUAACGUAGAUUUAUUGGCUGACUUAGAUUUUGAUGUUUCUCAUACGCCACUAGUAGCUUUGCCCGAAUCUACAGAUAAUCAGAUGGCAGAAAAAAUGCAAAAUUUAAAUGUAAAUAUUAAUAAUACCUCAAAUUAAUUCGUAUUCUAGAAAAAUAAUUAGUAAAAUAUUAUUUAUGAUACUU